GACGACAGCGGCAGCGACGAUGGCAGCGACGGGCAGUCAAACCCCUCUAAGCGAAGGUUAUCACUCGCAUCCCCCAAGAGUACGACUGUGACUGCCGCGCCCACUUCCGCACCUCCUCCGAGGCCACGACCACGCAAGAUGCCCUCCCUCCCGCCGACCUUUGACUCUGCGUCCGCCGCGCACAACAAUCCAUCCGCACACCAGGGCCGCAGGCGAUCCCGCCCCUUCGUUGAUGGCGACUACUACGCCCAUGUCUACCUUGAGCUCGACGUGUCCCUGUCUCUCCGGCGGGCGAUCGACGCGGCGCUGGCCGAGGCGGGAUCGAUCUCCCCACAAGAGGUCCACGCCCUUCUCCCCGCCAACGGCAAGCUGCACGUCUCCGUCUCCCACCCUCUUCCCCUCCGCCGCGACGCAGUCGAGACGUUCCCGCACACCCUGGCGGCCGCAUUGCGUAGCACGGGGCGAUUCGCGCUGAGCCUUGCUGGUGCCCCCGUUGUAUAUUUCAACACGCUUGGUGGGCCCUCGCGAGCUGCUGGACGGGGUACGCCGACUCCCGGAGCCCGCGCCUUCCUCGGAUUACGCGUCGGUGCUGGCGCUAAGGAGCUCGUCGGAUUGCUGGGACGCGUCGAGAGCGUAUUGAAGAAGAUGCACCUGCCGCUAUAUCAUGCGCAGCCCGAGUUCCACGCGAGCUUCGGUUGGGCGCUGUGCCCCGACGCGAGUACACAGGAGGGAGAAGGAGAUGAGAGGGCGGUCACGCCGUUCCCCGAUGACCUCGUCGCUCGUCUCGCUGGGCACACCGACGCCGCGCUUGCUGCACACCCCGGAUGGCACGUGAGCACGCUGAACAUCAAGGUCGCGAAGGAGGUGACAACUGUCCAGCUGUAAUUUGGUCCACAGCACUGCUAGAGCUCACCGCCAUGGAUGGCAUGCUCGCCUCCCUCCACCAGUCAAGACCGCCUGCGAUCCUACCAGAAGCGCCGCCGGUAAUCUUUAAGAGUGCCGGUGGCUGCAUGUCUGGGAAUCGCGCAAAGUUCCGGGUAUGGUGUAUUUCCAGGCCCAGCACAGAAAGUCCGCGGCCGAUCGGGCGCCGCCAGGCAUGGGGUGGGCAGUUAUGCAUGCGUCGCGUGCGUGAUGCGUGAAGUAGGACCUGCAUUCCUCCCUUGCCAGCAGGCCAGCAGCGGGUACUGGAUUU